AGCACCACAAAAGACAAUAACAAUAAAACAAGCACAAGCAACAAACGAUUGACUGGCUACAACAAGAAGAAACGAAUUAAAUUAGAAACAAAAAAAUUUAUAAAUGGAAACCUAAAGAUAACACAAAUUAAACAGAUGAAAAAAUGUGGUCGCACAAAAAGCAAAUCAAAUAAAUAUUGUGCAUUUCGCUGAAACGACCGUAAAAAACAAAGAGAAAUUAUAUAAAAACUCAGUUUAUUGAAGAAGUAAAAUUGAAUAUUUUGGCAAUAAGAAGAUAAAAUUUGCAAUUAUGAAUGGUAUAAUUGAGCAACAAAAUGGUGCAGGCAGUUCUCAACAAAUGGCCGAACCUUUGCAUUUGCAACGUCUGGAGGCUGCUUUGGAUAUGCGUCCAUUCAUGAGCUAUGCCCGUGAGGUGAUGUCUAAACCCUUGACCAGUCCCGAUGAGACGGAGGCCGAAGACUCACAGGGUGAUGAGUCAGAUGAUGAAGGAGUGGAAAAAUUGCCGGGAGAGAUUAAAAAGAAGAAAACUAAAAAAUUGGGUACAAAACAAGAGCGCCAGUCAGUUAAAGCUCAACUUUAUAACUUCAAUGAUCUAACAGCCGAUCGCGAAUGGUUGUAUGACGUGCUGCUAAGUGAUACCGAUACAGAGACAGACAUUAGCGAUGAAGAUGACUACAUUAAGGAAAUGCUAAAAACACACAUGAAACAGCAAAAGUUAAGGGAAAAUUUUUACAAAAAACCUACAAAUACUCAAUACGCCUAUUAUGGUGCUGGUCUACUCUCGAACCAUGACAUGUUUCCCGAACAUCAACAAUCUAUUGUGGGUGUACGCAAACGCAAGAGACGCACAAAGAAGGAAAAACCUUUGAAAUUAACCAAACUACCAAAGCUACCUAAACCUACCAAGAUACGAAGACCUCGUAAAUUGAAGCAGAAACCUUUAGAAGAUCAACAACCGAAAGAAAUACAUCCCGAAGAUCUUAAACAUUAUAACUAUGCUGAUAGCACUGCUGUUAAUGAUGAUGACGAAGAUAUUGAUAUACAAUCUGAGGGAGAAACCUCUAUGGCUAUGGAUUCCUCAAGAGAUCCAUCCGGCCUGUCUGCUCUCACAAACUCUUCGGGUAGGGGACGCCGGCGUAGAAGUCAACAGGGUAUUGUUAGAACGCCAGAAGUUAUGGCCGCUCGUAGAAAACGUGUCUGGCAGUUAAUGGCUAAAAAAGAGUUGGGCAGAUGUCAACGCGCCAAAAUGAACAAUCACAAGGAGGUAGUACAAAAUUGCAAACGUGUGGCCACCAUGUGUAUGAAGGUGGUCCGCCAGAGAGCCAUGCAUUCGCAAAAGGUCAUGAAAGAAACUAUGUGGCGUGCCAAACGUCUGACCAGAGAAAUGUUGUCCUAUUGGAAACGCUAUGAACGCGUGGAGCGUGACACACGUCGCCGAAUGGAAAAGGAAGCCGAGGAGCAGCGUAAAAUGGAUGUGGAAAUCAUUGAGGCCAAACGACAACAGAGGAAACUUAAUUUCCUUAUAACACAAACUGAGCUGUAUGCUCAUUUUAUGUCUAAGAAACUGGGCCGAGGUACUGAAGCUGAACAGCUGCGUAUUCUCAACCAAUUGGAUGAGGAAGUUAAUCCCCGCUUGGCCGCCUAUGAUGAUUACGAUGCCGAACAAAUGAAACAUUUGGCUCAACAACAUGCCGAAGAGGCUUUUUCAAAUGAUCGUCGUAAAACCAAACAGUUUGAUGUGGCAGCGGGAGUGGAAAGGAAUUUGGGUCAUGCUAAGGUUAAGAAAGAAGAAGGUGAAAUUGAUUUUAUUAAGGAGGAAGACAAGCCGGAAUCUUUAUUGCCCGAAAAAACUCAAGCAGAUUUACCACAGCCUAGCAUUUUUAAGGGGACUUUGAAGGCAUAUCAGAUUAAGGGUAUGACCUGGCUGGCCAAUCUCUACGAUCAGGGCAUUAGCGGCAUCCUGGCCGAUGAAAUGGGUCUGGGUAAAACUGUGCAAUCGAUAGCCUUCCUUUGUCAUAUAGCUGAGAAAUAUGGUGUUUGGGGUCCUUUUCUGGUCAUCUCUCCCGCCUCUACACUCCACAAUUGGCAACAGGAAAUGGCUAGAUUUGCACCGGAUUUCAACAUAGUACCCUACUGGGGUUCACCAAAUGAAAGGAAAAUUUUACGACAAUUUUGGGAACAAAAAGAUUUGCACACCAAGGAUGCCAGUUUUCAUGUAGUCAUUACCUCCUACCAACUAAUAGUGUCCGAUUACAAAUAUUUCAAUCGCAUUAAAUGGCAAUACAUGGUAUUGGAUGAGGCCCAAGCUAUAAAAAGUGCCACUUCUAUGCGUUGGAAGUUGCUGUUGGGCUUUAACUGUCGCAAUCGUCUGCUGCUCAGUGGCACACCCAUACAAAACAGUAUGGCUGAAUUAUGGGCUCUAUUGCAUUUUAUUAUGCCGACUUUGUUUGAUUCUCAUGAUGAGUUCAAUGAAUGGUUUUCCAAGGAUAUUGAAUCACAUGCUGAAAAUAAGACAGGCAUAGAUGCGAAACAAAUCUCAAGGCUGCACAUGAUUUUAAAGCCUUUCAUGUUGAGACGCAUUAAAAAGGAUGUGGAGAAUGAGCUGUCGGAUAAAAUUGAAAUUAUGGUUUAUUGUCCGCUGACCAUACGACAGAAAUUGCUGUAUAUGGCUUUGAAACAGAAAAUACACAUUGAGGAUUUGCUGAAUUUGACAAGAGGUGGUGGUUCAUCAUCUACUGAUGGUCAUCAUGUGGAUCGUAAUUUCACUUCGAAUCUUAUGAAUCUCGUUAUGCAAUUUCGUAAGGUGUGCAAUCAUCCGGAAUUGUUUGAGCGUCGCGAUGCUAAAAGUCCAUUUGUCAUGAAGUGCGAGGAGUAUGUUAUGCCUCGUUUGGUGUUUGAGGAUGGUUUGUUGCACAGGGCGCUGCCGAGCAAGAGGCAUUUAUUAUAUAAUCGUUUUUCCAUUUUCAAAGCUGAUCACCUGCAUCAUUCCAUGUUUAAGGAAUCCAAAGAUAAGUCUACCUUAAAACCCAAUGAAUAUUAUAAACGUUAUGUGGAUUUGAAUACCAAUAAUGAGGGCUGCUUUAGUUUUACGCGUUUAUGUGAUCUAUCUCCCAAAGAUAUGGAGGAUACAACCAUAAAUGGUUUGAUAACAUUAUUACAACAUUACCUUAAAAAAGUAUUACUCUACCGCUUGUGGGUCUACAGACGGCAAUGGUGGUCAAACCAUUAUAAACCCACUAAAAUGCUAUUAUUAGAACCCACCUUAGAAAAUCCUUUAAAUAAAGACUAUUUAAUGGAAAAUAGUGUGAUACGACAGCUAUUGUUUACAGGAAGGACUUCUACCGAGAGCACCAUUUACGCCUAUGGCGACUACAAAACCUACAACAUGCAAGAGACCAUCGAACAUCGUGUAAUACGCAGUAAAUAUAAGCAAAAUAUUGAAGAGGCUGAGAUUAAGAAUGAAAUGUUAGAUGAAGCUGAAUCGGAAUUGAUAAUAAAUGCUGCCGCCGCCACUCCGGCCAACAAACAGAAACUUAGUAAAGAACCCUUAAGACUAUUGCCGGAAUUUGAGCAUAUACAACGUUUACCUCAGUAUUAUCAAUGUGAAGCAUUGGAAAUGCCUAAAUUCUUAUAUGGUUUAAAUAAUAGGAUUAAUGCCUACAAGAGGCAGCUAUAUUGUGAAAGUCGUGCAGCUGCCUGGUCUCUCAUACGUCAUCAACAUUGUGAAAAUCCUGAGGGUUUACAGCUGGUUGAUGCCAGUUUCAAAUUGGCUGCACCUCGGUUUGGUUGGUCCUCCAUUAUCAUACCCGACAAGGAGACGCUUAUAUCAGACGCCGGUAAAUUGGCAGUAUUAGAUAGUUUAUUGACACGCCUCAAGGCUGAGGGCCAUCGUGUUUUGAUUUACUCCCAAAUGACCAAAAUGAUAGAUUUAUUAGAGGAAUAUAUGUGGCAUCGCAAACAUCGUUAUAUGCGUUUAGAUGGUUCCAGUAAGAUUUCCGCACGUCGUGAUAUGGUAGCUGAUUUUCAAACCCGCCAGGAUAUAUUUGUGUUUUUGCUCUCCACCAGAGCGGGUGGAUUGGGUAUUAAUUUAACGGCAGCUGAUACGGUAAUUUUCUAUGAUUCAGAUUGGAAUCCCACCGUUGAUCAACAGGCCAUGGAUCGUGCCCAUCGAUUGGGUCAAACCAAACAAGUCACAGUUUAUCGUUUGAUCUGCAAAGGAACCAUAGAAGAGCGCAUUUUACAAAGAGCCCGGGAAAAAAGUGAGAUUCAACGCAUGGUUAUUAGUGGCGGUAAUUUCAAGCCCGAUACUCUUAAGCCCAAAGAAGUGGUUUCAUUGCUUUUGGAUGAUGAGGAAAUUGAAACGAAAUAUCGCCAAAAAGUUGAGAAUAAUCCUUUGGAUGUCACUGCCUCUACGAGUGCUAAAGAUCAGCAGUUGGUUAGCAAUGACAAAAGGAAACGUCAACCUAAUAAGGCGGCAGCUACUACAACACUACCUGCAGGAGGCAUUACCAUACCAGCCACUCCUACAGCCACAGCCGGCUGCAGUGGAAAUGUACAGAUAUUUGAUGAUUUAUCCAAUGCUUCACCUUCGACUAAACGCUUCAAAUUGGAGGUAUCAGCUAAUACAGCAAAUAUGGAUGAUGAUUCUAUAGAUGUGGCGGCCUCUGAAACCUCUAGUACCUCUUUACAAGUUGGCUAUAAUGAAACUUUACAAACACAGCAACUGCAGCCGCAAAAUGAAGAUUCUGAAAAUGAGGCCUUGAUUGUAGAUUGUGAAAGUCCCAUGCAACAUGGCAACGAAUCACCAACCUUGUUUGAUGAUUGUCUGGGACCCAUUAGAAGAAGACAUCAUCCAAGAGGAACUAAACGCGGCAGACCCAGGGGUAGCACCAGAAGAGGAGCUGGAAAUGGUUCGGCUUCAAUCAGGACAAGUACCUCACCCGGGCAAGUUUCGGUUUCAUCAAAUAAUGAAGAUCCCAAUUUAACACCCACAUCAACAGAACCUGCCCUAACCAAUACAGGAGAAGGAAUAUUCUCACCCACAGCCGUACCAACGCCAGUUAAAAGAGGCCCAGGCAGACCGCGCCUCAAAACGGGUGGUCCUGUUAACCAGGGAGUCAGAGGAGCACCACGUACACGUAAACCCAUUGGCCCGUUAGUUGUGCCGUUAGGUAGCAGUCCCGCUGCCACUCCCAUCAAUCGUAGUCCUGCCAUGAGUCCGGCACCCUCACCGGCACAUUCGGAAAAGAAUAGUGUUUCAUCGGCCAGCGGUAGUGCAGUGUACUACCAACCCAGUGGUGAAAGUUUAGAUUAAAUUAUAAACAAAUUCUUAUUUUAUUUUUUACGCAUAAGACAAAAAAUUGUGUUUAAGUUAAAAUAUCUACAAGCAACAAACCCUUUUGCUGCAUUAAGUUCAAAAAAAGUUCUAUAUUUUAGUUUAGUUUAAAAGAAAAGUUGUAUUAGAUUUAAAACCUACCUGCAUUUUUUAUUUGAAAAAAUAAGAACAAUAAAAAUUUUGUGUUUUUCAGUGUGUUGAAAAAUUAAUUAAAGCAAACAAUAA